AUGUCAUUAGAACAAAGUGGAAAUCCUCUUCGUAAAUUUAAGUUGGUUUUUCUAGGUGAACAAAGCGUUGGAAAAACUUCAUUAAUUACUCGUUUUAUGUACGAUAGUUUCGAUAAUACAUAUCAAGCUACAAUUGGUAUAGAUUUUCUUUCCAAAACUAUGUAUUUAGAAGAUCGUACUGUUCGCUUGCAAUUAUGGGAUACAGCAGGACAAGAAAGAUUUAGAAGUCUUAUUCCUAGUUAUAUACGUGAUUCUACAGUUGCUGUUGUUGUUUACGACGUCACAAAUUCAACAUCGUUUCAACAAACAACGAGAUGGAUAGAAGAAGUUCGGUCUGAACGUGGUACUGAUGUUAUCAUAAUGCUUGCUGGCAAUAAAACUGAUCUAGUCGAUAGACGACAAGUAUCAACAGAAGAAGGUGAACAACGAGCAAAAGAUUUAAAUGUUAUGUUUAUCGAAACAAGUGCUAAAGCUGGUUAUAAUGUUAAACAAUUAUUUCGACGAGUAGCCUCUGCCUUACCUGGUAUGGAACAACCUGAAGUUACAGAUAGUCCUGGAAUCGAAGUCAAACUUCCAUCAUCCAGUUCAACUGAUAAACCCAAUACUGAUAAUCAAGGCUGGUGUCGAUGUUAA